AUGGCAGAAACUAAAACCUCCUGGCUUGGAGCAGCCUGCGCUCUCACCUUCUUCUUUGUCCUGAUCUGCCGGGUCGAUGCAGCUUCCUUCCAGCAGCAUCAGCUGCUUCAGAAAGAUCCAGACUAUGUCCUGAAAACCUUACAAAGGCUCCCAAACCCCGAUAUGAUCAAAGCUUUGGAAUACAUAGAAGAUCUCCGCCAGCAAGCUAACAAGGGGGAGAGCAGCCCCGAUUACAACUCGUACCCGAGCGUCCCGUACCUCCUGCAACAGAAAGAAAGCAAAGAUCAGGUUCACCUGCCGGAUAACCUGAGGGAUUCGUUGACUGAAGAUGAGUCCCAGUGGGUUAAGGUGAUGCUGGAAGCCUUGCGGCAAGCUGAGAAGGAGUCGAAAGGUGGCCCAAAGGAGACUAAACCUUACGCUCUGAGCGCAGAUAACAGCUUUCCAGCCGGAGUAGGCGAUGACUAUGAGGCUUACAAGUGGCCCGAGAGGUGGCAGAAAUAUCUCAAAAUGCCUCUUGGGCGCUACGAAGAGAGUUCAAGAGACAAUCCUUUCAAGCGCACGAAUGAAAUAGUGGAAGAGCAAUACACGCCCCAAAGCCUUGCGACCUUGGAGUCUGUGUUCCAGGAGCUGGGGAAGAUGGCAGGAACUAGCAAUCACAAGAAGGAAAGGCUGGAAGAGGACCAGAAACUCUAUGCCGAUGAUGAGGAUGAUGUGUACAAAGUGAAUAACAUCGCCUACGAAGAUGUGGUUGGAGGGGAAGACUGGAAUCCCGUUGAGGAAAAAGUGGAAAGUCAAACCCAGGAAGAGAUAAAAGACAGCAAAGAGGAAGUUGAUAGGCACGAGGAGGAGAUUGAUGACGAAAUGAAGAGGUCGGGGAAAUUUGGCUUCCUCGAGGAUGAAGGAAGAAGAGACCACAAAGAUCAAAUGUCAGAGGAUGUUUCAAAGCUCAUGAAUUAUUACCUGAAGAGGCUGAUGGGCGGUGCUGGGAACAGGAAACUAAGGACUGGAGGAGAACUUGAGGAAAAGAGAGCACCCACAUUUUUGGAUAAGCAACUCGAUCCGCAGUCUGUAGCUCAGCUGAUAGAGAUCUCAAGGAAUUUACAAAUCCCUCCUGAGGAUUUAAUUGACAUGUUGAAAGCUGGAGAAAAAAAGCAGCUUCCGAGCGAAAGGUUGGAGGCUGAGCAAGAAGUAGAAUUCCCAGAAGACCUUGACGAGCUCGCUGAAACCAGCCUAGGACAGAGUGAUAUAUUUAAAACUAACCUAAACUCUAAAAAUGGGUACAUGAAGCCAUCUCUUAAUGCCGUUCCAGAAAACCUGCCCGAAGACCUCAAUAUUGAAGACAUCGUGAGUCUGCUGGGAAGUGACAGUUUAGCGAGCCAGAACCCCUCCUACUUACUAAAUCGUCUCAAUCAAGACAACGAUUUGCCGAGACUGUCUUACAUCCCCAGAAGGUUGAAAGGGCGCCCGUUUCCUAAAGCCGCCUGGAUGAGCGACCUGGAAAGGCGACAGCUGGAGACAGAGAAGCUCAAUGAGCAGGACGAAGAGUUGGCCGACUACUUGGCCAAGGUGUUGGCCAAAUACCCUGACGUCAUCAACACGAACCAGCUGAAACGAGUGCCCGUCCCAGCUUCUGGAAGUGACCUGCAGGAGGACGACCGGCUGGAGCAGGCGCUCAGGGAGCAUCUCCGCCAGCUGGGACCACAGGAGGCCGCUGAGUUGGCUUCGCUCAGCAAAAGGCUCUCCGUGGCUGGCGGCGACACCGACGACACGCAAAGCAGGCAGUACCUGGACGAGGAUAUGCUCGCCAAGGUGCUGGAGUAUCUAAAACAGGAGAAGUCAGAGCUCGAAAGGGAUCACAUUGCCAAACGGGCGAUGGAAAACAUGUAAUCGCUCCCUAAAUAUUAUUUCUCUUCAAUGUGUUGACUUCUCUCCCGGUUCAGUUGUGAUUUCUUCCCGCUCUCCCACUACACGACCUCUGGUAGGCUACUUACCAGUGAACAGUCUGCAUAUCUUUCUCAGAGCUGUUAUAUUGUUUAUUGAUAUCCUUCUAUAUGUUAUAAAUGAUGGGGCGAACCACAAAUUGCUUCAGGUGUUUUAAGAAACAAUUGAAUGAAAUCGAGUAAAACUAUGACAUGUAAACAAACGACCUUUGCAUUGUCAAUAAAACAUGAUAAACUACGCGUGACAAUUAUCGGUUGAAAUUUUUAAGAUUAACUGGAUUAUUUUGUUACUGUCUGUAGUGGUUUUUUGUGGAGUACCGAAUAAAAAAAAAGUAAAGCAUUAUAUAUAUAUAGUUUUAUUUACAAGGCUUUUUCUAUUCAGUGUUUUAUUGUUGAUGAAUAAAUUAUUUCUGGACAAU